AUGAACAUGGCUGCACCCACGAGAGUUUUGGUUACUGGAGCUGCUGGACAGAUUGCAUAUUCUUUGUUGUACAGCAUUGCCAAGGGAGAUGUCUUUGGCAAAGAUCAGCCAGUCAGUUUGCUCCUUCUGGACAUAACACCAAUGAUGCCAGUUCUUGAAGGAGUUGUCAUGGAGUUGCAAGACACUGCUCUUCCUCUUCUGAGAGAAAUUAUUGCAACUGAUAAGGAAGAGGUGGCCUUCAAUGACUUGGAUGCUGCCAUCUUGGUUGGCUCCAUGCCUAGAAGAGAGGGCAUGGAAAGGAAAGACUUGCUCAAAGCUAAUGUGGCCAUUUUUAAGAGCCAAGGAGCUGCAUUGGACAAGUAUGCCAAGAAGACUGUAAAGGUACUGGUUGUGGGAAAUCCUGCUAACACAAACUGUCUGAUUGCUGCCAAGUCUGCUCCCUCAAUUCCUAAAGAGAACUUCUCCUGUCUCACACGCUUGGAUCACAACAGGGCUCGCUCUCAGGUGGCAAUGCGGUGUGGUGUCCCAGCCACUCAGGUGAAGAAUAUGAUUAUUUGGGGAAACCAUUCUUCUACCCAAUAUCCUGAUGUUCACCAUUGUGUAGUCAACAUGUCUGGGAGCGAGUUGUCGUGUUUUGAUGCGGUAAAGGAUGAUGUCUGGCUCAGAGGGGAUUUCAUCACCACUGUGCAGCAGAGAGGUGCUGCUGUCAUCAAAGCCCGGAAACUGUCCAGUGCCAUGUCUGCAGCAAAGGCCAUCUGUGACCACAUGAGGGAGCUGUGGUCUGGGACUCCUCAAGGCGAGUUCACAUCAAUGGGAGUUUACUCUACAGGAAAUCCUUAUGGUGUUCCUGAUGAUCUUGUCUACUCAUUCCCUGUCCAUAUUAAGGACAAGACCUGGAAUAUUGUUGAUGGACUGGCCAUAAAUGACUUUUCUCGGGCAAAGAUGGAAGCAACAGCAAAAGAGCUCAUUGAAGAAAGAGAUACUGCUAUGGAGUUCCUUGGUUCUCACCACUUCUACCGUACUGCUUUGGACGCCACCUCUCAAGUCAGCUCGGCUACACUCUGGGCUCCACAUUUAUCCCUCGGUAGUACAGUCUAA